AUGUCUUAUCAUCAUUGGACAACAGAUAAGUUUAUUCGAAUAUUUAUUUUAAGUAUGAUUAUAUGUAUAACUUUAAUUGGAAAUCUUUAUAUUAUAUUUGAAUUAUCAUGUCUUCGACAUCGUCAUCGUACUCGUUUACAUUUAUUUAUACUUAAUUUAGCUAUUGGAGAUUUAACUAUUUGUUUUUGUACAAUGACAUCGGAAUUAUUUCUUCUUGUUUAUGAUCAAGAAUGGAUAUUAGGAAAUCUUGCCUGUAAAUUAACACUAUACAUUCAAGUUGUGACAAUUGCAUCAACAACAUUUAUUAAUGUUGCUAUGACGUAUGAUCGAUAUGAAGCGAUUUGUUGUCCAUUACGAGUAUUUAAAUCAUUUGGUCGUAUUCGUCGUAUUAUAAUGAUAUGUUGGUUGUGUUCAUUUAUUGUUGCUAUACCACAAUUAUUUAUAUUUGAACAAAGUCAGUUUCCAAAACGUCCAACAAAAUAUCGUUGUGCAAGUACAGGUUAUACAGCUGAAUGGCAACGUCGUGCUUAUUUUACAAUAUUUGCUUGUUAUGUUCUUGUUUUACCAGUAAUUUGUAUGACAAUUUGGUAUAUAAGAAUUAUAUUUACAAUUAAUAAAUCAACAGAAUUAUGGACACAUAAUGCACGAGAUCAAACCAUUGCUUUAUCAUCUGUAUUUUUAACAUCUCCAACAAAAAUUAAAACAGUUAAAUUAGCUAUAACAAUUAUUAUUGUAUUUGUUGUUUGUUGGACACCAUAUAUGGUUCUAACAUUAAUUGAAAUUUAUUCCAAUGGUAAAUUUCAUAUACCAUCAUGGUGUGAUGGAGUUUUACAAACAAUUUCAUUAAUUCAAAGUAGUCUUAAUCCAUUUAUUUAUAUAGCAUUUAAUCAUAGACGAAAAUAUUCUCCAACAUUAAUACUUGCUGCUGCAUCAACACAUUCACACAAAUCUGAUCGAAUUAAACGAGGAAAACAACGUGAACGUGGUGGUUCAAUAUCAUUUUGUUCAUUAGGAGAAACAUCUCAUAGGAAAAAUACGUUAAACUCGUCAGAUGGAAGACCAAGAGCAGAAUCUUUUUUAUAG